AUGGAGCUUGGAAGCGCUGAAGUCUUCCGAGAUUCUGAUGAUACGAAGGAGCUUCUGAAAAGAGGUGACAAGUGCCCAAGAAUGAUGAACAAGAUGGUCGGUAGACUGGUGGAUCGCCGCUAUACUAUCCUGGUAUUUGCUGCUGAAUUGUUCCCAUUACCUCGCCAUGUUAUCGAAGAUGUUGCUCAAAGCAUCAUUCAAGCCAAGAAGAGAUCCCUGGAUCGUCGUACUGUCUGUAGCGAUUCGUUUUACAUGCAUUGA